UUUUCGAACUGCUGAAAACGAACUUUCAGUUACCUUUAAAAUUCUCUGAAGGACCCCUAAAGCGCUCUCGCGAUGUUGUGACUUUCAGUGGGUUCACAAUGUCUGUAAUGAACAGGCACUUGGAAAAAAGCACUGCAACUCAAAGUUAUGCCCGCCUAAAGUAAAAUCUAAUUUCCCAAAAUACUGGAUUGUGAAAAGCCUCUUGUAGAGCACCCACAAAAAUUACGUGAAUCAACAAAAACACUGUAAUAAGUUAAUUGGCGGGGGAUGAUAGUUGUCUCAGCCAAUAGGAAACGGACAAUGGUUUGAGAAUGAAAUUGACACGCACGUCAGUGGGGCCGCACAAUUUUACACCGAGUGUUGUGUUACGUCGCGGCAAAUUAAACUCGCUUAUCUCUCUACAAGAUGGUUAUUUAGGGAAGCAAAUGCUAACUUUCAUAAAUGACGGACAUAAGGAAUAACCGCGGACAUUCUAGGAAGCUGAAAAUCGGGGUUGGCGGUCAACCUGUGCAAAGUUGGCAGAAUGAGGUCGAACUACAGCCUACAAGUUCCCUAGCAAGGGUCACAUCGGCACAGAACACAAGUUCACAUUCAGCGGACGUAUCUCGCCAUCCCGUUGCAGAAGGAACGGCGUUCUCGAAGCAAACGUUCGCUGCCGCGAACCCACGCGGCCGAAAAUUAGAAGCCACUGCCUUCCCGGCGUUUCAUUCGAAGAACGCACCAGUGAAAGUUUCCGUAACUGGCGAAUGGGCGCUGAAGGAAUGCCAGGAACACACAUCCUGGGCUAAUCAGUUGCUAAAGAAAGGAAAGCGCCGACUGAUUUCCGACAUCCGUCGUUCGAUGGGCGAUGGGCAAACUUUGGUCUACAUUUUGGAAACGCUGGCUGGUCAGAAGAUUCCAGGGGUUUAUGCACGUCCUAUAACAAGGGCCCAGAAGUUGGAGAAUCUUCAGCUAUGUAUGAGCUUCAUGGGAAACAGAAAUAUAAACCUACAGGGAAUCUAUGUUGGAGAUCUUAUUGAUGGUAACGUGAAAUCUGUCCUGAAUCUCUGCAGAAAUGUCAAGUCACAAUUUGAGGGAGGAGGAUGGAUGUCUCCCGACGGAGCACGCCCUGGUUCAUCUGGAUCAACUAAGGAAGAAGAUUUCAGAUUUACAAAUGGGACGGUGCCACACUCACAUUUGACAAACGGUUGGUUUUGUAUUACCGUAGUAGACAGUAAUUCAAUCAUGACUAUUCAGUAUGUUACACUCUUGGCGUGUGAAAGGGCAAAAGUUAUUUGGAAGUCCUGAGUUUGACAUUUAAGUGACGCUGUUUUAAUUUUUUUCCCCUGAAAUAUCACAUCUAUUCUUAUAUUUUUAUAACCUGCUACCUUUUAAACAAUUACAUG